AUGAUCUCAGGUGGGAGCAGGGAGGUGGUCCCAUCCCCCAGGCACCUUCCUCAUGAGCUCAGAGCCCGAGGCCAUCCCGAGUGGAGUCCUGGGCGUUUCCCACAGUCACGCGUGUUCGCGCUGGUUCUGCGUGGUGCUCGGACCACGGGCAAGCGUUCAUCUGCAGCUCUCCGCGCUCAAAGCAGCAGUCACCUCACAGAGGAGACAGAGUGCAAAGGGUGCACGCCCGGCCUGGACGGCGAGAUAGGACUGUCUGCGGCAGCAUCAGCGGCCAGGGUGCAGAAGCUGCCUCCAGAAGCUGCCCGCACGGCUGUACCCGCCGCCAUGAGGUUCUGCCCCAGGAGACCCUGGCCCCUCGGCCAGCCUGCCCAGUGGCCCUUGCUUUUGGCGGUCUUAAUUUUCUUCCUCUUUGCACUGCCCUCCUUCGUCAAGGAACCCAACACCAAGCCUUCCAGACCACAGAACUUCAACCCCAGCAGCCCCGGUCCCAGCUGUGACCAGGUUAAAGGAGGCCAGGAGGAAAGCGGGCUCAGCACCAGGGGGGCCAGGGAGGCCUCGCCUGGAGAGCGAAACAGAGCACCCCCCACAGCAAUGAGGAGGGCACCAAAGAGUCAGGGGGAAGAGGAGCCCACCCUGAAGACACUGUCACCAAGUCCAGACCAGAGGAAGCCCGCUGACAGGGCGGCCACGCCGUCUCUGCAGAGAACCAGGGGGGACACGGGCCAGCCGGCAGCCCCCCAGAGAGUGUCCCAGGAGCAUCGGGACAGAGGGGUGAGCAUGACAAAGAGGCUUUCAACAAGCAGCAGUCCGAGGACCACCACAGCUGCUGUCCACAGACCCUCGGUGGGCAUCCACACCAAGAGCAAAGCCAAGCUCACGGUCACGCUGAAGGGCCCCCACGCCCAGGGCAGCACGCCUUCCCCAAGUCCCAGCCUGCAAAGCCGCCCGGAGCUGAAGGCCAACAACUUCAAGUCUGAGCCUCGCUGGCACUUUGAGGAGAAUUACAGCUUGGAAGCGGGAGGCCUGCAGACAACGUGUCCCGACUCUCUGAAGGUCAAAGCUGCCCGCUCGCCCUGGCUGCGGCCCCUCUUCCUGCCUAACCUCACCCUUUUCCUGGACUCGGGGCGCUUCAGCCGAGCCGAGUGGGAGCGUCUGGAGCACUUCGCGCCACCCUUCGGCUUCAUGGAGCUCAACUACUCCCUGGUUGAGGGGGUGGUGACCCGCUUCCCCCCGGUGCACCAGCAGCAGCUGCUCCUGGCCAGCCUCCCCGUGGGCUCAUCCCGCUGCAUCAGCUGCGCCGUGGUGGGCAACGGGGGCAUCUUGAAUGACUCCAAGGUGGGCCGGGACAUCGACGCCCACGACUACGUGUUCCGGCUGAGCGGGGCUGUCAUCAAGGGCUAUGAAGAGGAUGUGGGCACGCGGACGUCCUUCUAUGGCUUCACUGCCUUCUCCCUGACCCUGUCCCUGUCCCUGCUGGGCACGCAGGGCUUCCGGAAUGUGCCUGUGGACCAGAACAUUCGCUACCUGCACUUCCUGGAAGGCUCCCGGGACUUUGAGUGGCUGGCAGCCCUGCUUCGGAACCAGACCCUGAAGUCGAAGAACUUGUUCUGGUUCAGGCGCCGGCCCCAGGAGGCCUUCCGGGAAGCUCUGCGGUUGGACCGGUACUUUCUCCUGCACCCGGACUUGCUCCGGUACAUGAAGAACAGGUUUUUGAGGUCUAAGACCCUGGACACCGCCCACUGGAGAAUCUACCGCCCCACCACGGGGGCUCUGCUGCUACUCACUGCCCUUCAGCUCUGUGACCGGGUGAGUGCCUACGGGUUCAUCACCUCGGACCACAAGCGCUUCUCCGACCACUACUACGACAAGUCCUGGAAGCCGCUGAUCUUCUACAUCAACCACGACUUCAAGCUGGAGCAGGCGCUGUGGAAGCGGCUGCAUGACGAGGGCAUCAUCUGGCUCUACCAGCGUCCGGCGCCCACCAGGUAAGGAACCGCCCAAGCUGCGGCUGGUCUCUGGCCUCCCUGGGACAGUGGGACGCUGGAGAGUCUUGUACCAUUUUCCCUGCCACAGGAGUACUCACAACGCCUGAGGGGACCCUGGAAGAGGAGAAGUCCCGCUCAAGAUGGCAGGGGUCCAUUCCGGUUCUGGAGUCUUCUAGAGUUGCUGUAG